GACAGCUCUGCCAAUCCAAGACAACCUCACAUCUCGAAGUCCAAUUGAUCAGCAACCAUGGCUUCCGACGCUAUCACCGAGCCGCGGCAAGCGACCCGCGAGGAGAUGCGCGAUGCCAAACUCCCUCUGGCCUACCGAGACAGCUGCGCUCACCUCUUGAUUCCUCUCAACAAGUGCCGAAGGGAUACUUGGUACGCCCCUUGGAAGUGCUCGGAUGAGCGACAUAGCUACGAGAAAUGCCAGUACGUCGAGUUCAAGAAGCGAGUCGCCAAGAUGGACGAGUUGAGGGAGUCGAAGGGAGGUGCACGAAGCAACUAGAGGACCAGACAAGUAUUCCCGGGUAUAGGGCCGGGCCGGAACUGUACAUUUUUACAAACAAGCCAAGCCAAUGUGUUUGACAAGAAAACCGGAAUAGAAAGAGGCAUUCCACCUGCAAUGAAACGCGAUCAAGAACAAGACGAACGAGAAAGACGAAAUUGUGAAAUGAUGGCGGAGCCUACGUGGCGUGAACAACUGGAAUCGAUGGGCUAAUGGAAAUAGGCAAGCGAGGAGGUUUGGGCAGAGCCUCAUGAGAUGCUGAUGCGCACUUCCAUGGCAUAAGAGAGGGACCGGCAAAGAGUGGAGGAACAGUGGGACUUGAGAAUUGGAUAGUGACAGGAAUAAGAGCACGACUUGCAAUGUCGCAGGACAUCGUGGCGGAUAAUACCCUGUCUGGACCGGCACAAGACGACAAAUACGCCGACGUGGUGCUGUGCCGGUUCCAAGAGGUCCAAGGGGGA